CCAGUUAUUUGACUGAGACACUCUCUGCGAAACGUGCGGUAUUGCACAAGGUGUUAAAACAUUUUUACUUAACCGGUAACAGUAUUGUCGAUAUUAUUUUAAAUCGUGAAGUUCAGGAUUUUUGAUUGAGUUAGGGCACACGUUAUUUGUGUGCUAAAUAUAUAAAACGGCUGUGACACAGUUUUUUGUCGUUCAAAGAUCAGAGCUGUGAUAUUCAUAAGUUCGAAAUGAAUACAAUAGUGAGUGUGAAAAGAAAACCGAACCCUGUAAAGAAUGCCAACAUCUUUUCGCAAUUAUUCUUUCUAUAUAUGUUUCCUAUAUUCAAACGGACUAUCAAGAAAGAAAUGACAGAGGAUGACAUUUUCGAGCCACUCGUCGAACACAAAUCAGGAAAUUUAGGACAUCAAUUAGAGAAAUUAUGGAAAGAGGAGUAUAGGAUACCAAAAAAUCAGAAAACAGCAUUACACAGGGCCAUUUUCCGACUGUUCGGAUUCAAAUUCAUGCUCUAUGGCAUAAUUAAGGGAGUUGAAGAAUGUUUUAUGGUGGUCUUGUUGCCUAUCAGUAUAGGAAAAGUUGUGUCAUUUUUCCAGAAUGGCCAACAAUCUAUGUCUAGAAAUGAAGUUUAUAUGUACUCGGCAUUUAUAACCUCCACAUUCUUUCUGGAUACGAUUACAACACACCCCACAUUCAUGGGACUUUCACAUCUUUGUAUGAAGAUGAGAGUGGCAUGCAGUACUCUACUAUAUAGAAAAGCUCUACGUUUAAGUAGAACUUCUUUAUCGAAAACAACUGUUGGUCAAAUUAUUAAUCUUUUGUCCAAUGACGUGAGCAAAUUUGACGAAGGAUUUGUUUUGUUUCAUUUUCUUUGGAUAGCCCCAAUGCAAGCCUGCAUUGGGUUGUACUUAAUCUAUAGAGAAAUACAGGUUUCUGCCUUUUUUGGAAUGGCAUUUCUCUUGGCCUUCAUUCCUCUGCAAAUUUGGGUUGGCAAGAGGACGUCUACUUUGAGAUUGAGGACAGCAUUGAGAACAGAUGAGAGAGUGAGGCUGAUGAAUGAAAUAAUAACAGGGAUCCAAGUGAUAAAAAUGUACUGCUGGGAAAAACCGUUCGCCAAAUUGAUAGAACACGCUAGAAAGAGGGAAAUGAAGCCCAUAAGAGCUCACCAAUACUUAAUUGGCCUUAUAUACGCCUUCGAAAUGUUCAUUACGAGAACAUCAAUAUUCAUAAGUGUCCUUAGUUUUGUACUCCUAGGAAAUUUCGUAAGUGCAGAAAAGGUUUUUGCUAUAACUGGUAUAUACAACGUAAUCAGGCCUCUCAUCACAACCCUAUUUUCGAUCAGUAUAUCGACAAUAGCAGAAGUUAAUGUAUCGAUUACAAGAAUAAAUAAUUUCCUUUGUCAUGAUGAAUUUAUCAAGGAAGUUUCUACAGAUGAGAUUCAAAUUUCUGAUAAAAAUGAGUACGAAAAAAAUAAUAAGAAUGAUAACUCCUUAGACCUGACGAUCAUACCGACAAAUGGAGAUUUGAAAGAUCUGAAAAAAAUAAAUGAUGGUUAUAAAAAGCCGGGAAUAAUACUCGAUGAUGUGAGCGCUGUUUGGUUAGCUGAUGCUGAGGAUUAUGAUCUCGAAAAUUUGAAUCUCAGGAUCACUUCGAAUGAACUGGUAGCUGUAAUUGGACCCGUAGGUAGCGGCAAAAGUAGCCUUAUACAUUUGUUUCUCAAGGAGCUGACUAUUAAAAAAGGAAAUAUGGAGUUGAAUGGUAGAAUCUCAUAUGCCUCACAAGAACCAUGGUUAUUUUCCGGUACCAUCAGACAAAAUAUUCUUUUCGGUGAAAAAUAUGACAAAGAUCUUUAUGAUGCUGUUGUGAAAGUUUGUGCCCUUGAACAUGACUUUGAAUUGUUUCCUUUCGGAGACAAAACUUUUGUUGGCGAAAGGGGGAAAAUUUUGAGUGGGGGGCAAAAAGCGAGGAUCAAUUUGGCUAGGUGCGUCUACAAAAAAGCUGACAUUUAUCUUCUGGAUGAUCCCUUAUCCGCCGUCGAUGUUAAUGUUGGAAAACAUUUAUAUUUUCGAUGUAUCAACCAAUACCUCAGCGAUAAGAUUUGUAUUUUGAUUACACAUCAGUUGCAAUACAUCCAUACUGCUGACAAAAUUCUCAUAAUGGAGGAUGGAAAGGUUCAACAGGCUGGUACCUAUGAAGAACUCCAAACGAAAGGUCUCGAUUUCGCGAAACUCCUUCAAAAAUCUGAUGAGAAAGAGACGGAAAAAGAUAAGAAGAGGGUAAGAAGCAGACAACAAUCUGUAAUCAGCAAUUUAGAAGCAGAAGAAAAUAAAGAUCAAUUUCAAGACGAAGAAGAAAUGGGACAUGGAAAAAUUAAGUUGAAAACUUAUUACGAAUACGCCAGAUCUGGAGGAAAUCCAAUAAUCAUAUUAUUUUUAUUGUCGACCUUUAUUAUUGGUUAUACUGUCACAUUUGGAGGAGAUUAUUUCAUCACUUACUGGGUGAAUUUGGAGCAAGAAUUUGCUACAUCGAAUAGCAACAGUACAGAGCUACCUUUCUCCCGAGAUAAUAUUAUUUAUUCAUAUUCUGGAAUCACACUUGGCACAAUAAUUUUCGCUAUUGGACAAACUAUGUUUUUCAUGGCAUUCUUAACUAAAGCAGCAACAAAUUUACAUAAUAAAACAUUCGAUAGAGUUAUAAGAGCCACUAUGCAAUUCUUCAAUUCUAAUCCUUCAGGAAGGAUAUUGAACAGAUUUUCAGAAGAUAUUGGAAUUGUAGAUGAUUACAUUCCCCAUAUAAUAUUUGACGUACUGUCUAUCGCUCUUCUGUCAAUUUCCGUUAUAAUUUUGGCAUCGCUCGUGAAGUGGGUGAUGUUUCCAGCAUCCCUCGUUCUGGGAAUAAUAUUCAUCGGCUUUCGAUCUGUUUACAUCGUUACAAGCAGAAACGUUAAACGAAUUGUUGCAGUCACUCGCAGUCCUAUGUAUUCCCAUAUAACAGCAACACUACAUGGAAUUACCACAAUAAGGGCGUUCAAUGCUGAAAAUAUCUUGAUAGAUGAGUUCGACUUCUUUCAGGACAGAAACAGCAGCGCGAAUUUCUUAUUCUUAGCAUCAAGUCAAUGUUUCGGUUUCUGGAUCAAUUUCUUAUGUGUUUGUUUCAUCACAUUAGCCAUAUUUUCCCUAAUAUUAUUCGGAGAAGAUCUUCGUGGAGGCGAUAUUGGUCUUCUCAUUACAGAAUACAUAGGCCUACUCACGAGUUUGGACUGGGGUAUGAGACAAUGGAGUGAAUUGGAAAAUCAAAUGACAUCGACUGAAAGAGUAAUGGAAUACAAGUAUAUCGAAAACGAGCCACAACGACCGGCUGUUACAACCGUACCUAAACAUUGGCCCUCUGAAGGCCGAUUGGAGUUCAAGGACGUGAACUUGAGGUACAAGGAAACCGAUCCCUAUGUUCUCAAAGACAUAUGCUUCACCGUUCAACCUAAGGAAAAAAUUGGAAUUGUCGGGAGAACAGGAGCUGGAAAAUCGUCAAUUAUAACAUCUUUGUUCCAACUGUAUCCAAUAGAAGGCAGCAUACUAAUAGAUGGAAUCGACACGACCAAAUUACCACUGGAAGAAGUUAGGAAUAAAAUAUCCAUUAUUCCCCAAGAACCUGUAUUAUUUUCAGGAACAAUGAGGAAAAACUUGGAUCCAUUCGAAGAAUAUAGCGAUGAGGUACUUUGGAACGCUCUGGAGCAAGUAGAGCUUAAGGAAACAAUCGAUGAGAUGACACAAGGCCUCAAUUCUAUGGUAUCAGAUAGCGGAUCAAACUUCAGUGUGGGAGAGAGGCAGCUUGUCUGCUUAGCCCGAGCUCUGAUUCGACACAACAAAAUCUUAGUCUUAGAUGAAGCAACUGCUAAUGUUGACCCAUAUACUGAUUCGCUCAUUCAGAAAACCAUCAGGAGCAAAUUUGCGGAUUGCACAGUAUUAACAGUAGCACAUCGGCUGAAUACCGUGAUGGAUUCCGAUAAAAUUCUUGUUAUGAGAACUGGCAAAGUAGAGGAAUUCGAUCAUCCCCAUUUACUUCUGGAAAGAAAAGAAGGUCUUUUAUACGGUUUGGUACAGGCAACUGGCGACAAAACGAGCAAACAAUUAGAAAAUAUAGCCAAAGAGAACUACGAAAACAACAUGACUAACGCAGAUUACUGAACUGAAAAUAGAUCUCGGAGUACAAUACCGGAAACCAGUCACAUUAUACUUUUACAGAUAUUAAGCACUCCAAUAACUUAGUAUUACCUCCCUAGUGGAAAUUUUAUAUUAUUUUUGUACUUACUGCAAAUUUAUGUUGUGUAUUGAUGUGAUCAUGUUAUAAUGUAAAAUAUAUGUUAAAUGUUUC